CUUUGUCGCGACCAUGUUUCGACGAAUUAAAAAUCUGUAGUGUACACAGUAUAGAUGUAUCGAAUCUUACGAGAGAACACAUGCAUUCGCGUCCAGUUAGACCACUAGCAUCGUAGAAACGAGUCGAUAAAAUCGAAAGGAUUUUAUUGAAACUCUGAAAUGUAGUUUCUUAAAUACGAGACGUCAAUAUGUACUACAAGAAACUAAUCUUUGUAUCGUAAUAGAAUAAUGAACAUACAUUUUUCAAAACUUCAGUUUUUACAGAAUAAUUGUGUGUGUGUACUUACGGUGUACAUAAAUAAUCGAGAAAUAUUUCUUAAUGUAUAUACAUCGUAAUGUCUAUAUCGGUAUCUUACUUAAUCUUUAUUGAACAGAGAAUCUUCGUAAAAUAUUGAAUGUCGGAUAAAAUUAGAUUUUGAAACGAAACGAAACGAAAUCUGCGAUAUCGAAAUGUUGACUCCACGGUUUGAAAUAACUCAAACUGACACAGAAGUAACAAUAAUUAUUUACGCACCAUAUGCUAAUAUUAAAGAUACGGAAGUUUAUGUUGAUGGAACGGACUUCAGAUUUUAUUCUACACCAUAUUAUUUAAGGUUAAAGCUUCCAGGUGAAAUAGAAGAGAAUGAUACUUCGUUUGGAUCGUACGACUGUGAAAAGGGAGACUUCUCUUUAAAAUUCCCAAAGGUAAACAAAGGAGAACACUUUGAAAACUUAGAUAUGAUAACUACAUUGUUAGCACCACCAAAGAAGAAAAACAAUAUUAUUCCUAACAUUGAAGUAAUUGGAAAUCCAUCUGCAAAUUCAGAAGACAUUAACGAAACAUCCAAUGAAAACGAUUCUGUGGUUAACGACGAAAGUACAAAUGGGGAUGAGUGGUAUAUGCAUCAAAAUAAUCCUACAAACAUUUUACCUCUUCUGACCAGUUCUCCAAAAUAUGGGUUCGCGAAUAAAAUAUCUGGAGCUUUGGUGGCAUUCGAGUCUGCGUGGAUUAAGGAAAUAAUAGAUCUUCCGAUGCCGGAUACAACGCCGGAAUCUGAAAGAAAAUGUUUAAGAGAGAAGCGAGAGCUUUCAGACUUCAACGAAGAACAUUAUUUAGCAGACCUGAUGCAGCCAGAGUGCAUAGAACCGUACAUAAAAUAUGUCGCCGAAUGGGAAACAAUUAACAAAGAAAGUAUUUCCUUGAAUGAAACAGAAGUAGACUUGCUAAAAGAACUCCCAAAUAAAGAAUAUUUAUUGAAUAACGAUGAAACAUAUAAAUUGCUUUUAAGUUUAGUCGAUAUCUUAUUCGGUAGCUGUUACAACGAUAGAACAACUUUGGGUGAAAAUACAGUUGAAAGCAGUUGGACCAUUAAUAAAUUGAGUUCUACUUUAUCCUGGUUCGAAGAGUUUGCAGACGCGGAAGAAGUUAUAAGAGCAUGUUUCAGAAGAUCGGUAUGUUACCCUCUUUUUAGAAAUUGGAAUCUUUCUUUGAAAGUUCUCGAAGAUGUCAAGAAAGUUGUUAAAUUGGGUAAAAAGUACAUCAUAAAACGGUUUUGCGAAAUUCAUAAUCUGUUUAAUAAUUCGUGUGAGCCACGAUAUAUACUGAAUCAAUUAUACAUAAAAGAUUAUCUAGUGUGGUUGCAAACAGUUCACGAAUCCUCGAUAGAAUCUUUGAAUACAUUAAUAGCUGAUAUUCAGCCAUGUAAGGAAGACAUGGGAUUCGAUUUAGUGGAAUUAGAACAAGCAGCUUACUCGGUUCAAGAAGAAGAUUUGAUUAUUGAAAAUUCUAUUCAUGAAAUGGUGGACCAAAUGGAUGAAUUAAUAGUUAAUGACAAUAACAGGGAUAAGCCAAAGACUAUAUACUACAUUAAAGACAAACAUUCUUUAAAGUAUUUAUUAUCGAGCAGUUCAAGUUCAAGCGACAGCAGUGAUACGGAUUCGGAGAGCGACUCGGACAGCAGUACUUCAAGCACCUCUACCACAAGUAAUAGUAGCAGUUUAGAUUCUGACGACGCAAGUGAACCCGAAUAAACGUUUAAAUGUAAUGUCUUUAAAACGUUUUUAUUUACAUAAAUGUAUAAAUAUGUCACUAUUGUAUACCUUAUGUGUUCAUAAAUGCAUACUAGUGAUGUAUGUAGACGAUUUAUGAUAAUAUUUAUAAGAGUUACGGGAAUACGACUUUGCAAAUAGAAGUAAUUCUUUGGAAACUUGCAGUGUUGUUUCAAAUAACAUUCGUGUUUGUCAGGAUGUAUAAACUCAGGAUGAGAAUCUCUUUCGUGUUUAUAUUACAAUAGUAUCAUCGUUGACCAUGUAAACACACGCAGUGUGUACAUUACUCACUGA